AAUUUCGGGGGGAAAAUGGAUGCGUCGAUGUUACAGAUCGAGAGGACGUCUUCGAUCGAGAGAGAGCCGAGGACUCUGAGCAUGCAGCAAAUGCAGUCGGCCAGGGAUCUAGCCAUUUGCAUCUUGAACACCAAGACGUUCGAAGAAGCUUCCAGAAUAUUCACCGAGGGAUUGAAGCCCAUUGUCAGCGCGGCCUGUGAUGUGAGGAUGAUGAACAUGGACGAGGAGGAGGAAGCGGCGAUGUUAGAAGAUGCAGAAGCAGUAGUUGCAGCAUUCAGAGACAUGGCAUCUGCUCCGUUCUAGUCAAUUAAUUCACUCUUAUUGUAAAUACAACAAAUCAUCAAUACGGCUGCCCAUUCUACUUAUACUUACCUUGUAUAUAUACACGUGUGCGCGUGUGUGUGUCAUAUAGUACAGCACAUGGGAUGAAGCAUUGGGUUGAUUAUUAAUUCCAUGCUAUCAUCGAUCGGAGGGAGAAAUAAUUAAUGGUGUUUGCCACAGUUUAUCUGAAUGUUUCGAGAUUUCUUUCGUCAA